AUGAUUAAGUCUAGUCUCCUGCAGUGUGCAAGCAGCUACGUCAUGAUGGAAUCGCUGGCCAUCAUGUGCCAACAAGGCCUGGUGAUUCUCAACUGUGUGGGACCUUACAGAUUUUAUGGUAAACCAGUUGUCAAAGCUUGCAUAGAAAAUGGAGCUCACUACUUGGACAUUUGUCGGGGGCCCCAGGGAGAAACAACAAUGUCCAUUAAUAUAUUUUUUAGGGGUCGAUUCAAUGUGAUUGUAUCUGUGUAUUUCUUUGAUAUUUUCUUUAUUGCUGUCCCAAAGGCCUUGGACAGAGGAGUGGAUGUGAUUGGCAGCUGUGGCUUCGACUCCAUACUGUCAAACCUGGGUCUUACACAGAGGCAGUUCAAAGGAACACUGACAGCUGUGGAGAGCUUCCUGAAAAUUAACAGCACAGUGCAGGAUGUGAGUAAUCACAGACGUGAUGCUACUUGGCAGUCUGCUGUGUAAGGCUUCGUAGACAGCUGAUCCAUCCGCCAGCUUAGGAAGAAGUUUGGCCACAAGCCGCUGCCAGUGGUGGGAGCCAAAGUCAAGAAGAGAGGUUUUAUAUUUUUCAGCUGCCAGAUCAAGCAGUAUGCCAUCCCAUUUAUGCUUGUUAGUUACUGUGCCUAUUUCAGGAUUGGUGGCCUCUUCUCAGUAGUUAAGCUCUUCUGUGGCGGCCUGCUCUUCUGGUUCUUUGUCAGAUUCAGCCUGGGCAUGAAACUCCUCACUACAUUCCCAUCACUCUUCACCUUUGGCUUGUUCACCAAGUCUGGUCCAAACAUGAAGCAGGCUGCCAUCUAG